UCGUAUUGGAAUUGGAGAGCAUCCAAGGAGCUGCCACAUGGGUUCCACUGGUUGGUUUUUGGCUUUUGGAGUUGGAAGAUUUAUACGGAGUACUAAUGAAACACAACGACAGCUAUGGGAGUACGUGGAGUCAAACCAAAGCUACUUGCCAAACAACCCACCACACGAGGACGUUUGUCCCCCUUUCCUUUAUUAUCACCACCUCUAUGCAGAAUGAAAAAAACAGAAGAAUUCUCAUAGAAGCCCAAAGUGAAAGAAAUGGAAGAUGGUGUGACAGAUACUGAUUUCUUAGAUUCCAGUAUGGAUAAUAAUCAUGUUUCAAGAGGAGAUCAAGAAGAAGAAGAGAGAAAUACCAGGGAUAAAGCUGAGGUCGAAGAAAAGAGAGUAGGUGGGCUCAUAAAAAGCAUACUCUCCAACUUGUUCUCUGGGGGAAAAGAAAAUGAAGAAGAAGAUAGAGAAAAGAGUGGUGUGGUUAGUGAAGGGAAAGGAAAAGACGAGGACAAGGGAGAUGGGGUUUUGAAUCAUCUCAUUCCCAACUUAGUCUCUCCUUUGAACAACCAAACUGAAGAAGAAGGAAAUGGAGGGAAAGUUGAUGACACUCAAGUUAAAGAAGAGGGAAAAGUUAGUGAUGGGGGCUGGAGGUCAGAGGAAGAUGUGGGUGGUGGAGGUGGUGGUGGGAUGAUUAAUAAUCUGAUUUCUAACAUAUUUCACCGUAGGGAAGGAGGAGGAGAAAAAGAGUGUAGUGAGAAGGCAGAGAAUGGAAAGGAGAAGACAGAAGAGGAAGGUGGUAGUGGAGAAGGAAGUAUUAUUGAUAAUAUUGUCUCCCACUUUCCUACACCCCUUGCAGGGUAUCAAGAUCAUGCGUAACACCUCCAUAUUGUGAGAUGGAUAUGGAUUUUAAGUAGUAUUUGAUUGGUUAGCAAGAAAAAUAUAGAUUGUCUUGGUUUGUAACUUGGUAUUUGUCCUGAUUUUGAGCUGCAUGAGUUGAUUUUGUGGCUCAUGAAAAGUGUUUUCUUGACUAAUUUGAGUCUAUGAUGAACUCAUGAAUAUGACUUUGUGCUGUUUGUUUUGAUAACCAGAUAGCACAGGUCCAGCAAGUGAUGAGGCCUCUAUUCUAAUUCAUUCCAUUAUACAUGACUGAGAAGAAAGAUGUGAGUUGUUAAACAAAGGGAUUCAAGUGGGCACAUAUUUUCCUUUUGAUGUACUUUUUGUUCUUGGAUUGUCAAAAUUUGUUUUCUGUCUCAUGCCUCGGAGAUGCAUUUUAUGGUUGAUCUAUUGGCCUCGAGUCUCCUUCAAGGAGAGGAUUGUUCAGUCUACUUGUGGCCUCUUGAUUGGUUUGGGUUGAUUCCCUGUUCAUCCUUUUUGUAGCAGCUUGCAUUCCUCUGAUAAAUUAUUCCUUUCGGAUUUGUUUUUGUAGCA